CCUCCUCCCGGGUCUGCGCGGACGCGUUUUCCUUACCUCAUUUGUUCUCGCCCCUCCCCGUCCCUCUACGCGUUUUGGUUCCUGGUUGGUGCUUCCCGGUCGCAGCCGCGGCAGUGACAGCAUCACAGUUACCGACCUUCCAUGAUGUUUGGUGGUUAUGAGAGUAUAGAAGCAUAUGAAGAUGACCUUUAUCGUGAAGAGUCAUCCAGUGAACUGAGUGUUGAUAGUGAAGUGGAAUUUCAGCUCUACAGCCAAGUUCAUUAUGCCCAGGAUCUUAACAAUGUCAUCACGGAGGAAGAACAUGAAGAAAAGAACUCUGGGGAUUCUGAAUCAUCUAGUAGUAAGCCAAAUCAGAAGAACUUAAUUAUCCUUUCAGAUAGUGAGGUCAUCCAGCUAUCUGAUGGGUCAGAGGUCAUCACUUUGUCUGAUGAAGAUAGUAUUUAUAGAUGUAGAAGAAAGAAUUUUAGAGUCCAAGCGAAAGAAAAGACCCGAGGUUCUCCUGCUUCUCUUCAUUCUAAUGAGUUGGAUGAUAAGAAAUACAAGAGGGAUAUUGAGAAACCUCAACCUGAAGAGAGAUCGGGUAUGAUCCGAGAAGUUAUGAUUAUAGAGGUCAGUUCAAGUGAAGAGGAAGAGAGCACCAUUUCAGAAAGUGACAACGUGGAAAGCUGGAUGCUCCUGGGAUGUGAAGUUGAUGAUAAAGAUGAUGAUAUCCUUCUCAAUCUUGUGGGAUGUGAUAACUCUGUUAAUGAAGGAGAAGAUGGUGUAAACUGGUUCAUCAGUGACAAAGACAUUGAGGCCCAGAUAGGUAAUAAUAGAUCAUCUGGAAGAUGGACCCACCGAUACUAUACGGCGAACAAAAACGUUACCUGUAGAAAUUGUGACAAAUGUGGCCAUUUGUCAAAAAACUGCCCCUUUCCACAAAAAGUUCGUCCCUGCUGCCUCUGCUCGGAGAGAGGACACCUCCAGUAUGCCUGUCCAGCCCGCUUUUGCUUAGACUGUUCUUUGCCUAUGUCGUCUACUCACAGAUGUCUUGAAAGACCUUCCUGGAGAAAACGAUGUGACCGAUGUGAUAUGAUAGGCCACUAUGCUGAUGCUUGCCCAGAAAUCUGGAGGCAGUAUCACCUAACGACUAAACCUGGACCACCCAAAAAGCCGAAGACCCCUUCUGGACAAUCAGCCUUAGUGUAUUGCUACAACUGUGGUCAAGAAGGCCAUUAUGGACACGAAUGUACAGAAAGGCGGAUGUUUAACCAGACCUUUCCAACAUCUCCAUUCAUCUACUACUAUGAUGACAAAUAUGAAAUUCGGGAGAGAGAACACAGAAUAAAACGAAAAGUAAAAGAACUCCAGAAAAAUGGGGAUUUUCCCAGGCAGUUCAAGAGGCCGCAUGUGAAAGCAGCAAACCAGAGGUCCCACCAUGAGAUGAGGAAGAGCCAGGCCUCAUGGAAAAACACCAGGUGGCCUCAAGAAAAGAAGGAAACCCAAAAAGAAAUGAUGAGCAGAAACAACAAAGAGCGUGAAAAGCACAGGAAGGCUGACAGGCGUCAUGACAUGGAUGAGGACUUUCCCAGGGGCCCAAAAACACACUCUCCCCCUGGCACUUUCAAACCCCAGAAGCCUCGCAAGUCCUUUCACCACUCCCACUCCCACAAGCCAAGAGAAGACAAGCUGCCCAAAGAGGGCAAGCGGAGCAAGCAUAGGAAAAAGGAGAGCUGCCUGGAGGAGGACGACAAUGAUAAUUUAUUUCUCAUUAAGCAGAGGAAAAAAAAGUCUAAACUGUGAGACAGCUUCUGAUUUGGCUUUCCACUGUUAGUCUGGUCUUCAUAUCUACAACAUUCUGGCAAUAUUUUUGUUCUCUAAGAUUGAAUAAUGUGACUUUUUUGGGGUGUUUUUGUUUUUGUUUUUAAUGCCAGCCAUACCUACAGCUGCUGAACAAAGACCUUAGAGAUCUGUUCUCUGUGUCCAAUGGGUUAUUAGGUAAGGAAACAGAAAGAUAAAUUCAGACUUCUUCCCCUCUUCCAGCCUGUCAUUUUUACUCAGAAUCUUACAGGUAGGAAGAAUUAAUCUUUUCAAGAGAAUAGUAAAAAGUGCUUUGAACAAAUAAAAGCUCAUCAAAUGUAAUUCAUCUGCAGUGUAUGUAAAUUAAAUCCUUGCAGGAAGAAAAAUUAACGCUAAUAUGAAAAAUUCAUCAGUCUUUUUCUUCAUUACUCUUUUUUUAACAUUGGAAAUAUAACUAUAAAUUUAAGUUUCUGAUGCUCCCAAAGCUGGUGUCAGAAUCUUUCUCUGGUCAGAGAUUGUGGGCUGAAAAAUGAAGGUGUCAUUAGAGCCCUCAAGAGGCAGGGGAUUGAGCUACUGCAAAAUACAAAUAAGGAAUCCAUCCAGCCUAAAUGUCACGAGACAGUUCCUAAAACAAGAGAAAAAGUCAUCAGAACUUUUGACAUAACCACCGUGAAAUCAUUUUUACAGCCAAACUUCAAGAAGACUGUCACUCAGCUAUAUAAAAAUGAAUAUUGUCCAACUUUAAAAAUUGUUCUGUUUUCAUGGGUUUUUUAACUUCCACAGAGCUAUACAGGAAUUUUUGUACUUGUGAACCUUUUGUACUUAUCAAAGUAUAA